UGUAGUGUGUUUACAAAAUGAUGCUGUGAAGCGUUUUAUCCCGAAAACAAACUGGCUCCAUUUGUGUGAACGGUGACCUGUUAGAUGUUUUUUGUUUUUACAUUCAGUCACAUUUUAACUUUUGGAUUAAUUCCUCCAGUUAAGGAUGUCUGAGGCUUGCAGUGAACCUGCAGGAGCCAUCCGAGCCAUAGACAGGCACUCGGUCCAUCAGAUCUGCUCCGGUCAGGUGGUGCUGACUCUGGCUACUGCUGUCAAAGAGCUGGUGGAGAACAGCAUCGACGCAGGAGCCACAAACGUCGAUGUGAGGCUGAAGGAGUGUGGAGCUGAACUGGUGGAAGUGUCAGACAACGGCAGAGGAGUUGAAGAGGCCAACUUUGAGGGACUGACAUUGAAGCAUCACACGUCGAAGCUGAGGGAUUUCUCCGAUCUCAUCCACGUGGAAACAUUUGGCUUCAGAGGUGAAGCCCUCAGCUCUCUGUGUGCUCUCAGUGACCUGAGUGUGGUGACGUGCCAUGAGUCCAGCCAGGUGGGCACCAAGCUGGUGUUUGACCAAAGAGGUCACCUGGUGCAGCGGUCGGCCCAUCCCCGUCAGCAGGGCACCACGGUCAGCCUGCAGCAGCUCUUCUACACUCUGCCUGUCCGACACAAAGAGUUCCAGCGCAACAUCAAGAAGGAGUACGGCAGGAUGCUCCACGUGCUUCAGGCGUACUGUAUCAUCUCCACAGGAGUGAGAAUCACCUGCUCCAAUCAGAACGGGCAGGGCAAACGCAGCACGGUGCUCAGCACCAGCGGCAGCCACGGCAUGAGAGACAACAUUGGGGCCAUAUUCGGACCAAAACAGCUGCAGAGUCUGCUGCCGUUCCAACAGGUGUCUCCUUCAGAGAACGUUCUAGAAGAAUAUGGACUCAAAGAUGCAGAUCUGCCCAAACAGCUCUUCGCCAUGUCAGGGUUCGUGUCCCGAGGAGACCACGGAGUUGGGAGGAGCACCACAGACAGACAGUUCUUCUUCAUCAACAACCGACCCUGUGAUCCACUCAAGGUGACCAAAAUUGUGAAUGAAGUGUAUCACAUGUACAACAGACACCAGUAUCCAUUUGUGGCCCUGAACAUCGCUGUGGCCUCUGAGUGUGUGGAUGUGAACGUGACUCCGGACAAACGUCAGAUUUUCCUUCAGGAGGAGAAACUCCUGUUGGCGAUUCUAAAGACGUCUCUCAUCAACAUGUACGAGGCCGGAGUCAAUAAGAUCAGCUUAAACGUCACACCCAUCCCCAGCAAACACACGCCCAGCGCCAGCCUCAGCACCAAAACAUCGUCAGAGUCUGAAGUCUGUCGGGUUGUCCCCUCUGCUGAGAACGUGUCAGAACCUGGAGAGGACGUGGAAGCAGUGACUCAGAGUCCAAAGUCAUCUCUCAAUCUAGCCGGCCUCAAAGCUGCCUUUUCAAGUCACCACAGCUCCAGUUCAGGGAACAAGUCAAGCACGGUGAAAUCUGCCAGCAGCGGCCCGACUCAGAAAACACUGCAGAGUUUCUUUAAGGGAAAACCGAGUGUCACAUCUCCUGUGAAACACAGCAGAGAUCCAGCUAAAGGCUCCUCGGUGGGAAAGUCUGUGCUCGAUGGGUUCAGGUAUGGGAGGAUGUCAAACAGUGAUGCAGACAAUGGUGCAGGCAAUGAUGCAGGCAAUGAUGCAGGCAAUGAUGCAGACGGUGAUGCAGACGGCUGCGAUGUCAUUACGACAUCAGCAGAUGUUCAGAGUUUUGACCCAGAGUUCAGCUCUCCUGAUGGUGUGGAAAAUGAAACAUCAGAGAACAGUGACAGUGUUUCUGUGGACCCAGAGUCAAAGACUGAGCCAUGCACGUCCACUGAGGACUGUCCUAAGAGUCCUGAAGCCAAAAGGGCCCGGACAGAGACGCCACCGACAGAACACAUGUCCUCCUCCAAGGUGGACGCUCCGGUGUGUGAACAGCAGAGGACGGUGGACGCUCCAGUCUGCAUACAGAAGAGGACGGUGCCUCUGCAGUUCUCUUUAGGAGAGCUGGCUGUGAAGGUAAGGAGGUUAGAGGAGCUGCAGAGACAGAGAGCUGGUGACCAGCUGUGCUACCGACGCUUCAGAGCCAAGAUCAGCCCCGGAGAGAACCAGAGCGCAGAGGAGGAGCUCAGGAAGGAGAUCAGCAAAGACAUGUUCAAAGAGAUGGAGGUCAUCGGACAGUUUAACCUCGGCUUCAUCAUCGCCAAACUCAACCAGGACAUCUUCAUGAUCGACCAGCACGCCACAGAUGAGAAAUACAACUUUGAGAUGCUGCAGCAGCACACCGUGCUCCAGGGACAGAAACUCAUCGUUCCUCAGAAGCUGCAGCUGACCGCCGUCAGCGAAAACGUGUUGAUAGAGAAUAUCGAGAUCUUCAGAAAAAACGGCUUUGAGUUCGUCAUUGAUGAGGACGCGGAGGUGAUGGAGAGGGUUAAACUGGUUUCGCUGCCCACCAGUAAGAACUGGACGUUUGGUCCUGCAGACAUCGAGGAGCUGAUCUUCAUGCUGAGCGACAGCCCGGGGGUCAUGUGUCGACCGUCGCGAGUCCGGCAGAUGUUUGCCUCCAGAGCCUGUCGCAAAUCUGUGAUGAUUGGUACUGCUCUGAGUGUCAGUGAGAUGAAGAAGCUCCUGGUUCACAUGGGACAGAUCGAACAUCCGUGGAACUGUCCUCAUGGCCGUCCCACCAUGAGACACCUCGCCAACCUGGACAUCCUCUCACAGGACUGAAUCUGACUCAACACUAUGCUUUUGUUCCACUUUAUUUCUAUUAAACAUCUCAUACGUAAAAGACUGAGAAAGACUGAAAAUAUAAGCUAAAUUUAAUAGUAUAAAAGUAUAAUAACUGUAUGAAGAUGUAUGGUUUUUGUCUACAUACAGACUGUGAAGGACUUUAUGGUCUUCAGACAUAUCUAAACCACCAUCAUGCAGUUAUUAUUCAUCAUUCACAUAACUUUCAUAAUCAUUUCCUGUGACAUGAACAUAUGUAAGGUAUGUUUGUCUGGUUCAGAUCCUUGUCAGUGACUGCUGUGUUUUUCUUAAUAUCUCUUUUAUUUGUAUUUUGUAUCAGAAGGUAAUAUUUUUUAUAUGUAU